AUGGAGGAAAUGAGAAAAUCGGAGAGUGCAAGUCGGCUAUCUGAGAGCGACGUUGGCGUUUUGGUUGCUCAGAUAAAAGACUUGGAGAGGAAGAAUGCAGAACUGGAAGAACAAAACAAAAACUUGGCUUCCAUGCUUGAAACAAAGGAAGCUGGGGGUGACGUGCUGCAGAAACGUUUGAAUGAUCUGGAGAAAAACACUGUACCAUCCCUCAGAAAAGCUCUCAAGGACGUUGCAAUGGAGAAAGAUGCGGCAGUUGUUGCACGGGAGGAUCUUUCAGCUCAGCUUCGUACGCUCAAGAAACGUCUGAAAGAUGCAGAAGAAGAACAGUAUCGUGCUGAGGAAGAUGCAGCAUCCUUGAGAGCCGAACUGAAUAUGAUACAACAACAAGCAAUGAGUGGUACACUUAGUGCAGUAACAUCAAUUGUUAAUUCACCAGAUCAGAUACAAACCUUAGAAAAGGAGUUAGCUAGCUUAAAAUUUGAGUUACAGCGAGAGUCGCAAUUGAGGCAGCAAGAGCGACAACAAUUAGCAGAGGAGCAAGCCCGGGCAUCCACCCUUACAUCUGAAAAGCAGGAAUUGGAAGAAAAGCUUGCAGCUAUUUCUAGAAAGGCUUCAGAAGUCUCAGAGAAAGUGGCUGGCAAGGAAUUUUCAUUAGAGGACAAGGAGAAACUUGAGAAGCAGUUGCAUGACAUGGCUGUAGUGAUUGAGAAAUUGGAAAGCAGUAGACAAAAGCUUUUGAUAGAGAUUGAUUCCCAAUCUUCGGAGAUAGAAAGGCUUUUUGAGGAAAAUUCUAAUCUCUCAAGUUCCUAUCAGGAGUCAAUGAGCAUAUCAGUGCACUGGGAGAAUCAGGUGAAAGACUGUCUUAAGCAAAAUGAAGAGCUCCGUGGAACUUUAGAUAAGCUGAGAACAGACCAGGCCAAGGGGAUGCCAGAAUCCCACGAAGGCAGGGAUAAUGAGACUGGUUCAGCUGCAUAUACAACUGAAGUUCUCUCCAUCAAGGAUCAACUUGCAAAAGAACAGAGCCGAGCAGAGGCAUUAUCAGCCGAGGUAUUGCAGCUGUCCGCACGACUCCAACAAUCCACCCAAGCAUACAAUGGGCUUGCACGCCUCUAUAAACCAGUGUUGCGAAACAUAGAAAGCAGUCUCAUCAAGAUGAAACAAGAUGGCCCUGUGACUGUGCGGUGA